AGCACGGCGGCGUACUGCAAUCUCCUGUCUUGAGGAGAAAGAAACCGAGACCAAAAGGCUUCCCCUCUCUCUCUCUCUCUCUCUCUCUCUCAUCAACGGCGACAUGGCUCUCCGCCGCGAUUGGGUAUACGAGAACAACGGAGGGACGUGCGUCGCGAUCGCGGGAUCGGACUACUGCGUCAUCGCCGCCGACACCAGGCUCUCCGUCGGCUACAGCAUCUACACCCGCGACUACUCCAAGAUCUGCAAGCUAGCGGACAAGUGCGUGAUGGCGUCGUCGGGCUUCCAGGGUGAUCUGAAGGCUUUGCAGAAGAACUUGGCGGCGAGGCACUUGAUCUAUCAACAUCAGCACAACAAACAGAUGAGCUGCCCUGCCAUGGCUCAGCUCCUGUCCAAUACACUUUACUACAAGCGAUUCUUCCCGUACUACACUUUCAACAUCCUAGGUGGACUCGACAGUGAUGGAAAGGGUUGUGUUUUCACAUAUGAUGCUGUUGGAUCAUAUGAGAGAGUUGGGUACAGUGCCCAAGGCACCGGUGCAGGACUCAUCAUACCUGUUUUAGACAACCAGCUCAAAUCUCCCAGUCCUCUAUUAUUGCCUGCCAAGGAUGCAGUCACACCUUUGUUGGAAUCAGAGGCAGUUGAUUUGGUGAAGGAUGUGUUCGCAUCAGCAACUGAAAGGGAUAUAUAUACUGGAGAUAAAGUAGAAAUUGUUGUUAUAAAUGCUUCGGGCAUCCGACAAGAGUUAAUGGAGCUGAGGAAGGACUGACCACCGGAUUGGGAAAGGGGAGCUCGAACAUUUUGUGCACUGUGGGAUUUAUAGCUAAUCUUCGCUUAGCUUUCGACUCUACUUGGAAACCAGUGUGUUGUGUUUUUUUGCUUCCAGAACUGGAAACUUGGAUGUCUUUGUGGAUUCAAAGAUUAUUGGUUAUUUUCAUUAGAAUUUUUUUUUCUUC